AUGUCCAUCACUUUUUUACGUCAUAUCCGGCCGACAAAAGCCAUUACGGCCAUCGCUGCCGGUGGCAUCGGUCUGGGCAUUUACUCCCGCAUGAUGACCGGCAGUGCUCAUGCUGAUUCGGGAAGCCCACCAAAGGUAUUCGGCAGUGGUCCUGCUUUCGUUUCAUUGCCUUUAGAGAGUAGCGAAGUUGUCAAUCACAACACCAAGCGUCUCCGUUUCAGGUUACCGGACGAAAACGCGGUCAGUGGGCUAGCUCUCACCUCCGCCGUUUUGACCAUGUCAUGGCCAAAAGGCCGAUGGUUCCCAGUAGCAAGACCAUAUACACCAAUCAGUCCAUCAGACGGAAAGCAGAGCACGCACCUGCACUCAUUAUCGCCUGGCGAAACACUCCUCUUCGCUGCUGCGCUCAAAGGCCCCGCAUGGAAGCCAAAUGCCGUUCCCCACGUCACGCUGAUUGCUGGCGGGGCUGGCAUUACCCCGAUCUAUCAGCUAGCCCAGGGGAUUCUGCGGAAUCCUGAAGACAAGACAAGAAUCACGCUCGUGUUCGGCAUCAAUACGGAUGUGGAUGCCCUGUUGAAAACCGAGUUUGACGCCUUCGAGAAGGAGUUUCCCGGUCGGUUUGAAGCCAUCUACACCGUGAGCCGGCCGGAGGCGGGCUCUCUACUCCGACAGGGUCAUGUCACGAAGGCGCUUCUUGAACAAGUUGCACCCAAUCCCACCAAGCAAGACACCAAGGUCUUUGUUUGCGGGCCACCGGCGAUGGAGGCGACGUUGGUUGGCUCGAGGGGUUCACCAGGUGUUUUGGAACAGUUGGGAUAUCGAAAGGAUCAGAUUCACACUUUCUGA